UCUAUUAUGUGGUGCACCGUUUUGGGAUAAAAGUUCGGUGUUUUAUUUGCUUUAAUCCACUUGCAUGUUUGUCAGAGUAGAAUGGCGAGACUAUAAAUGCACUACAGAAGCCGUAUGAAUGGAUCCUUACGAUGCAUUCCCCAGUGACGACGACUCCCAACUGGAGCGCGACGUACAGUCUUUGAUUCCAUCAAGCAGCUCAUCUUCCCAAUCAACAGAUCCAGAAAUUAGCGAAGUCUGCAACUUCACCGCUCACGUGGGCUACGAAGAUACCCGCACCUUCCGCCUACUGCGACGCUUUUCCCAUGGGGAAAGAGAAGGUGGGACGCGAGGCGUGGAACCUUGCUUCGAUACACCGAAGGAAGCUGGACGACCAGACAGCAGCAGCAGACGACGGCAUGUCAAAGUUCCGUUGUCACGUUUGUUGCUGUAUCGGGAGUUGUCAGGAGUGUUUCACACUCCCCUAGCCGGAGCGUACGGGGACAAGCAUCGCGAGAGGUUGGGCGUGAUGAAGGAUGUGAAACUGUGGGAUAUUCUGAAGGAUCCGCGGUCGGUUACGCGCAAUGGGCAUGUCUUCCUCGGGUUCACUCAGGACAGCAGAUUUCUAUUGUCGUAUACUUCUAACAAUACUCCUACAUGGCUGUAUCCAUUUGCAAUGGAAAUGUUUCCGGAGGAGGACAACGGAAUUGUACUGCACUUUUGGUUGUUCACUCCAUUUCCUGAAAAGACGGAGAUCGUGCACAGCGUGAAAUUAUUCCAGGGGCAAGAUGACAUGCACAUGGAUGUGCCUUUUUCAACUAAACUUUGCGUUGCUCAAUGGCCGGACGAUAAUUCCAAGAUCUUGGUGCUGGCCUUUUGGGACGAUGAAUCUUCUCCACAACCGAGUAAUUCCGGGGUAACCGUGGACCGACAGAUCCGUUUCUCCAUCAUCCCCAUACCUCUUGAAAUCCGCUCAUGGUCCCGCUGUAAACUUCCGGAAAUCCAUAGUCGACCGUGGUUUACAGAGACCCCGCAUCCGAUCUUCCAUCCCGAGUACUGCAUGGCGCUUCCCGACCGGUUGUUUCUGCACGGUGGCGGCAUGUUAAUCUGUUAUCAUUUCCGUGAUAAUGUGGACCAAAGGCAGCAACAUAAUGAUCUCGCAGCAUCUGCACCACUGUCUUCGACCAUGACGCAUUGUAUCCCGAUGAGUGGCAAACGCAAAUGGGGGGAUGAGGAAAUUCAAGAAUUUAAAAUUGAACACCAAAUUGAUUUCCGUGAAGCGUUAAGUGCGGAAAUGUGCUAUGGUAGUGGACAGUCGCUGUCGGUUGAUCUGUCCGAUCAGCCGGUGAUCUCUUCGAACUCCGUGGAUCAGACUGACGCUUUUGCCCAUUACGGCAAACCGGCAUUCUUACGCCCGGACCCGACCAGCCGUGCCUGCGUCUCCGUCCGGUCCUUCCGCAUCGACAUCAUGAUGGACAAAGCCUGGGACACCAUCCGUCGCUACUUCCCAGAGGCCAUUAUCAGUCGAAAGACCUUCGCCUGUGCCACCCAUUCCUUGCUGGCCAUCGAGAACGUCCUUGUGCUGAAAGCCUGCUUCUUCCUCACGCACAUUCUGUCGCGCACCACCAGCGCCCCACAGAAAUGCAGCGUCCGCAACACCGUCUAUCCGUUUUUUCUUUUUGUAAACUACAUCAACGGCAGCGGGUGGAUGCGGUAUUACGGUAAUCGACUGGAGGAUAGCGACUGGCGAAAGCCCUGUGGCGGCACGGAGAUGCAGCAGUUGUUAAUAAUGAACCGGCUGAUUGCCCAGGUGGAGCAUCGGCUGCCGCGGCAGAUUUAUAAGAAGGUGCAUACGCUGAAUAAUUUCUCUGUGGAGUCGGGAGUGUCGCUGGAGACUAUGUUGACACCCGAUGGAUGUGUUAUGGUCAGAUUGUGACCUGUUCUUUCGUGAGGGAAUUGUUUUCCGAUUUGUUUGUAAUUUUAUUCGUUGUUAUAAGUCGUUUUUUUGUUUAUGGAUUCAAACGUAUUUCGUAUAUCCUUGCAGAAAUGGGAGAAGCUGCCGAUAGUUACUUGCUGUUUAUUUAAUAAGAGAGGUUUUGUGCCGCCCGUUCUU